CAUCGCAUUUUGGAGCCGGAUAAAACGAUCCGAUUGUAAAAAUAUGGAUUCAGGGCUUUCGAGCCGUAAUAGCACCUUCAGUGGAGGUAAUCAGCAUUCCCGGUCCUAUGGCAAACAGGACACGGUGAAGCUACAGCGUAACGCUUUGCCCAUCUACUCAGUACGGAAAUCGUUGAUGGAUUUGGUACGCAAAUCUUCCACGAUCAUUGUACUCGGUGAAACGGGUAGCGGGAAAACUACCCAAAUGCCUCAGUUCAUCUACGAUGCCGGGCUGAACGGGAAUAAGCUGAUCGGCAUCACACAGCCGCGCCGUGUGGCCGCCAUCACAGUGGCGAAGUGGGUAGCUAAGGAAAUGGGCACCAAUCUGGGCGAUCUCGUGGGGUACGCGGUGCGCUUUGAGGAUGUGACGUCAGACAACACGCACGUCAAGUACAUGACCGAUGGUAUACUGUGCCGUGAGGCUCUGUCCGAUCGGCUACUACGAAACUAUAACGUCAUCGUACUGGACGAGGUACACGAGCGCACCGUCGCGACCGAUGUACUGCUGGGGAUAGUGAAAAAGGCACAGCAACUGCGCGCCAGCCAACGCUUGCCCCCGCUGAAAGUCGUCAUCAUGUCGGCCACAAUGGACUGUGACCAUUUUGCGAGCUAUUUCUCCGACUGCCCCAUCGUGUACCUGCAGGGCCGAACGUACCAGGUGAAGGUGUACCAGAUGGUUGAAAAGAUGCAUUACAUUGAGGCUUGCCUCAAAACGGUGAUCGAAAUUCACCAAACGCAUCCACUCGGAGAUGUUUUAGUGUUUCUUACAGGGCAGGAAGAAAUCGAUUCGACGGUUAACAAGAUGCGGCGCUUAGCAAAGAACCUCCCGUUGGACCUGCCCAAACUCGCAGUGUAUCCCAUGUAUGCGGCGCUUCCACAAAAUCAACAGCUCGAUGUGUUCAAUCCGGCCCAACCAAACGUACGGAAAGUCAUAUUCGCGACGAAUAUCGCCGAAACUUCUAUUACCAUCGAUGGAAUCCGUUACGUGAUCGAUUGCGGGCGGGCGAAGGUUCGCUCAUACGAUCCCAUCACCGGACUGGACAUGCUUAAAGUGUCCAUGAUUUCGCAGGCCCAAGCACAUCAGCGUACCGGUCGAGCCGGGCGCAUUUCGGAUGGAGUUUGUUUCCGAACGUACUCCAAAGAGGUGUACGAACGGAUGGACAAAAUGACGGUACCGGAAAUACUCCGAUGCAAUCUAGCCGCCACCAUCCUGAACCUGCUUGUGAUGGGCGUUAACUAUAAGGAGUUUGAUUUCAUCGAUAAACCACCGGAGGAAGCCAUCAUCGGUGCGCUGCUCGAGCUGAAAGCGCUGAAUGCGAUCUCGUCGGUGGAAAAUCCAAUCCUCACGCCGGUCGGCAGCAAGAUGGCAAAGUUCCCGCUCGAUCCGAAGUACUCUAAGAUGCUGCUUUCCGCCCCAAAAUAUGGGUGCCUGGAAGAGAUGCUCACUGUCGUCGCCAUGCUCUCCGGGGAGAACAUUUUCACCAACAGUACCCAGAAGCGCGAGGAGAAGCUGAUUGCACAUUCGAAGUUUUACGACAAAUCCGGCGAUCACAUCACGCUGUUGAACGUGUACAACGAGUUUAAGAGCAAGGCGAAACCGAGAACGUGGUGUUACGACAAUUUUCUGCACGAGCGGAAUCUCUCCCAUGCGGCCUCGGUGCGAGAGCAGCUGAGUGAGAUUUGCAAGAUGCUCGACAUGCCGAGCAGCACCUGCGGUAAGGAUCGUACGCCAGUGGCCAAGUGUAUGCUGACGGGGCUGUUCGCAAAUAUUGCCACCAAACAGCCGGAUCACCUAUACCUGACUGCGACCAACAACCUGAAGGCCCGUAUACAUCCGACCAGCUCGAUCUGUGGCAAGCUGAGGCCACCGGUCGUGAUCUACACCGAGCUGGUGGCAACAAGCUUCAACUAUCUGCGUCACGUAACCGAAAUCGAUCCGGCGUGGAUCGAUGAAGUUGUGCCAAACGUUAACCUUCCCGGCAAGGCCCAGCCAAUUCACAGUGACGCCGGGUUUAGGUCCUUUUCUAGUUACAAAUGAAUACGGCAAGUAUUCGUAAAAGUAUCAAUUAGUUAGCAGUAAAUGAUAAGCACGCAAUGUGAAAUAAAAUCCUAAU